AUGCACCUGAAGUUGGCUUUGAAUAAUGGUGCCUCCUCAUCGUUGUUCUCUCCAUCAAGUUCUGCAAGGAUGAUGCUCGCAGGCUCUUCCGUUAGGAUACUGCCGAGGCGUGCAGGCUACGCUGGCGCUUAUUCGAUCUCUACUGCAGUUCAGUUCUAUCAGAAUCGACAACUGGAGCUCUAUGCGGCGAAAGAAGCGCAGCGGUUGACUCUCAGGCAGCUGGUUUUCUUCGGUCGUUGCAUGAACGAUGAGCGUCUGAUCAAGAGUGCAAACUACGUGCGAACUGAGUUGUCAGUUCGCAUCGCCCAUAGGCUGCGGGACAUGCAGUCUCUGCCAUACGUGGUUGUUAACCAGGAGGGUGUAACAAAAGUCUAUGAAUUGUACUGGACUGCAUUUGACAAAUUCCGGCGAUACCCUCCUAUCAAUACCCUCGCAGAGAACGAUGCCUUCUGUGUGUUUCUUCGCAAUCUUCUUGAUGAACAUAAGACCGCCAUCCCAAAUCUCUCGCUAGGCUUGUCGCUCUCUUCGCCUUACCUUGCGCCAGAUCGUUUGGAUUCCUUUAUGCGCCGAAUGCUCAGCUCACGGAUAUCACGCCGAGUUCUUGCGGAACACCACAUCGCACUGUCCAAGUCCGCUUCGCUGAAACGAAACGGAGGACCCUCUUCCCAGGAUCAUGUUGGGAUAAUAUACACCGGACUCGGUGUAAAGGACAGUAUUGAUAAGUGCGCGAGAAUCCUGCGAAAACGCCCCCACAAUAUCGACCAAGACUUCGUGGAGAGCGUUGAAUCGGAUGCUUUGUGGUCCGAUGUGAUUGUGGACGGUCACGUCGACACUACAUUCCCAUAUAUCCGUGAACACCUCGAGUACAUCGUGUUUGAGUUGUUGAAGAACUCGUUUCGUGCAACCCGUAUCAAACAUUCAAAUGUUCAUCAACUGCCUCCAAUACGCGCCACUGUCGUCGCUGGCAAAAACGACGUGUGCAUCCGCAUAUCAGAUCAAGGGGGUGGUCUGCUGACACCGGAAAUUAAGUCGCCAUCUGAUCUCUUCUCGUUUUCGCACAUUCGAAAUGCUACUCGUCUAGAAGACGCCCGCCUAGGGGCGCUUCGCACCGUCAGUAGCAGCAGGCGUGGUAUGACUGCUACUGUGGAUGAGCAGAUCAGCAAUUGGCAGCAGGCCAAACAAAACGACGAGUCAGAGGAGGAUAUCGGUGACGGUCCACAUCCUAGACUCGGUAUUGGACUUCCCAUGAGCAACACCUUCGCAACCUACUUUGGUGGAUCGUUGGAGCUCGUCAGUCUGGAUGGAUAUGGGACCGAUGUGUACCUUCGCCUACCGAAACUGGGAACGAACUUGGAAGGUAUUGAAGUAUGA